UUUACACUGUUACACAAGCUGUACACUCACUACUUUAUAUCGUAGUGUCAUUUCUUCGGUGUCGUCACAUGAAAAGAUAGAAUCAGAUAUUUACACAAAUUUGAGGGGUGUACUCACUUUUGCGAGAACCUUAAAAUACAAUUUAAAUACAUGAGUAGAUUUAAAUCACUUUACAGAGGAAAACAAAUCUGAGAAACUGCUGCAGAUUAAAGUUUUUAGACGAAACACUUAUAUUACAAAAAUGGACAGAAGUUAUGGCCAACUAAUUUGAUAAUUGAUUAAUGUGUUUGUGACGGUUCAUCUGUGAUCCAGCUCACAGUUAGUUCCAAAAAAAGGCUUAAAUCAGGGGCAGCUGGACUUGGAUGAAGAGUCUCACCUCUCAUGCAAGAAGCUACUUCAGUUCUGACUGACUGGCAGGGGUUCCCCGCUUUUUAACCUCUGUUGGGUCGUUAUCAAGGUGAUGGAUGCCGCUUGGUCCGUUUGUGCUCCUGGCUGAUGUAACAACAGUCGUUGGAGUCACCUGAGGUCAAAGGUGAGCGUUGGUUCAGCAUCAUAGGAAGAGAUGAAAGGACAGCAGUGUAUUUGGUUCCAUUUACCCUCAGAGGUCGGAAUGACGUCGCACCCGAGUUGACCUCGUUCCAGUACAACAACAGAUUUAAGAUGGAAAACCAAGAUGGACGCCUCCAGCCAUUGUUGGCAAUACCAGUUGAAAACAACACGUUACUUUGUUUUUUGCACACCGCAGCAACAUAUCCACACAGAUAAGUUCUACAGGACUGUGCGUACGUCUGAUUUUAUGAGACUGAUGUGUCUCAGACCUCGUCCAUGUUCAGAGAUGGUCUCUCCACUCUGGUGUAAAUGGCCUCUUUCAAACCAUCUGUCCUCCCGCUCAUCAUAUAUAUAUAUAAUAUAUAUAUAUAUAUAUUAACUUUGUUGUCCUUUAUCCUUCAGGCUGAGGUAAACAGCUGAUUAUUGAUCUGAGGAGUUGGACUUUAUGUUUAUGUGGAGGUUGUUUAGUUUCCUGAUAUUCAGGUCUGUUCAUUCCUCCAGAACCCAGAAGACAUGUCUUUUUAAUACUUGGUAAACACUGCUUACUGUAGUAUUGCAGUAUAUAUUAUAUUCUGGUUUCUCCUUGUUUCACCACAGAAACAGUGAAAAGACUCGUGACUUCACUUCCUGCAGGUUUGCAGAUAAAAAGGUGAAACCAUCUCACUGUCUCUCACAUUCACACUGUUAACUUUAAUUUUUGCGCAAUUGCUUUCUUCCGUUUUCCAUGUCAUUUCCUGUGAUGAAAAAUGGUGGCCAAAGCUUGAGGAGGCGACUGAGUCGCUGCAAAAAUUAACGGGAAACUUUGCAUCGGCGGGCAGCCGCGGAGCCAGCGGCCGGGGCUCGGUGCUCUGUGGCCGGGCGGCGAGAGUCGAGCUUCACCCGGCGGAGAGGGUCCGUGUCCCCGCUGCGUCUCUGCAAAAGAGGGCUGAUAGAGGACGACCUGCUGGACUUCUACCAACAUGGUUCCACUAUGAGCGAGCCGGCGUUGGAUCUCUGGUUCUGUGAGGAGUGCCAGGACUAUUUCCAGAAGGAGUGUCCGUCCCACGGGCCCCCGCUGUUUGUCCCCGAUACACCUGCGUCCCCGGGGUCGGCCAACAGGGCGGCGCUCACUGUCCCGUCAGGCCUGGAGGUCUUCACAGAGGGAGACGAGGUGGAUGUUCGCUGCGUGGAUCCAACCAUCCCUAAGGGGGCGGUUUUCGGCCCGUACGAGGGAGAGCUGGUGUCGAAGGACAAAUCCUCCGGCUUCUUUUCCUGGAUAAUUGUUGAUUUUAACAACACGUAUCAGUCCAUCGAUGGCAGCGAUGAGACCAAAGCCAACUGGAUGAGGUUUGUCCGGACCUCGUCGGACGAGAGCGACAGGAACCUGACGGCGUUUCAGCGCGGCACAAACAUCUACUUCAGAGUGUGUCGGACGCUGGUGGCGGGAGAGAAGCUGAGGGUCUGGUACAGCGACGACUACAUCCAACGACUUCACUGCGUCUCUCAGGAGAGCAUCGACCGCAACCUGGACACAGAUCCCGGAAAGCCGGCAGUCCUGCCCAACGUUCAGAAGGACUUUAAAUCUCCCUGUCUGCAGUCAGCUCUGCAGGGCAAAUCCAGCCCCAGCAAACAACCCAGCGAGGAGUCCGACGGCCAGCCUCCUGCCAAGAGGAAGAAGAUCGACCUCAUCUUUAAAGACGUCCUAGAGGCUUCUCUGGAGGACUCCAGGUCCCAGUCUUCCCUCCCCAGUGAGUGUAAAACAGCAGCGCUCGGGUCGAGGUUUAAUUCCUCUGAAAGCAGCUUUAACGUUCCGAACCUGAAGGUUGAGGAGAAAGAGGAGGAGAACCAGAGCAGUGAGGAACCCUCCACCUCCUUCUGCCCCAACUGUGUCAAACUGAAGAGGAGGAUCCUGGAGCUGGAGGAGGAGCUGUCCCGUGUCAGAGGAGAACAGGGGGACGGGAUCGGUCUAUCGAUGUCUGAACAGACCCUCCCCCAACAGGAUCAGGUCCCGCCACACCCCGAGCAAGGCCCCAUCGAAGAGUUUCAAGGGAUGGAGCCCUUGACGCCCACUCAGGUGGUUCUGGAUGAAGACGACCAGGACGUGGACUCGGCUGAUGAGUCGAUCACUGCAGAUCUUGUGAUUUCUCCAGAAGACCCAUUGAAGCUUUCCUCUGGAGGAGGUCGACGGAUCCGUCGCUUCAAGCAGGAGUGGCUAAAAAAGUUCUGGUUCCUUCGCUACUCACCAACACUGAACGAAAUGUGGUGCCAUGUUUGCCGCCAGUACACUGUCCAAUCAUCCCGAACCUCUGCCUUUAUCAUCGGCUCCAAGCAGUUUAAGAUCCACACCAUCAAGCUCCACAGCCAGAGCAACCUCCAUAAGAAAUGUCUGCAGCUGUAUAAGCUGCGCAUGCAUCCAGAAAAGACAGAGGAGAUGUGCAGGAACAUGAUACUGCUGUUCAACGCGGCGUACCACUUGGCCCUGGAGGGACGGCCCUUCUCCGACCUCCGUCCACUGGCGGAGCUUCUGAAGAGGUGCGAGCUCAAAGUGGUGGACCAGUACAUGAAUGAAGGAGACUGUCAGGUCCUCAUCCACCACAUUGCCCGGGCUAUAAAAGAAGACCUGGCUGAGAAGAUGCGCUUGUCUCCCUUCCUAAGUGUCAUAAUGGACGCCCAAAAUGACGACCUUUUCUCAGACAUGGUGGCGGUCUACGUCCAGUUCAUUACCAAUGAGGGCUCCCCGAACACAGAGUUCUUGUCCUUGCAGAGACUGAGCAUGGCCAGUGUGGAUGGAUAUCUCCAGGCUAUGGAUCGAGCAUUCGGUGCCCUAGGCCUCAGGUUCCAGGACUUGCUGGUGGUGGGUCUAGGGGUAGACGGCACCAACAUCUCUUCAGGAAUGAGAGCCAACUUGUACAUAGCAGUACAAAAGACUUUUCCUUGGAUCCUCUGCCUUCCUAUCAUGAUCCAUCGGCCACAUCUGGAGGUGUUAGACGGUAUCAGUGGGAAGGAGCUCUCCUGCCUGGAGGAUCUGGAAAACAACCUCAAGCAGCUGCUCAGUUUCUACCGCUACUCCCCUCGUAUGAUGGCCGAGCUGCGAUCCACUGCUCCAACAUUGUCGGAGGAGACGGAGUUCCUAGGAGACAUUAGAGCCAUUCGAUGGAUCAUAGGAGAACCAAACGUCCUUAACGCGCUAAUCAAAGAUUACCUGGAGGUAGUCGCCCAUCUGAAGGAGAUCAGCAGCCAGACGCAGAGGGCUGACGCAGCAGCCAUUGCCCUUACCCUCCUCCAGUUCCUCAUGGACUAUCAGUCAGUAAAGCUCAUCUACUUCCUUCUGGACAUCAUAGCUGUUCUCUCACGAUUAGCCUUUACCUUCCAGGGAGAGUACCUGCUGGUGUCACAGGUGGAAGCCAAGAUAGAGGAGGCCAUUCUGGAGAUUGGCCAGUUGGUGGACUGCCCCGGAGAGUAUCUGCAGGAGUUUGAGGAAAACUUCCGUGAAAGUUUCAACGGCGUUGCUUUGAAAAAUCUGCGUGUUGCUGAAUCCAAGUUUCAGUCAAUCCGAGAAAAGAUCUGCAACAGGAGCCAGGGUAUUCUGUCUCAGAGGCUGGACCUGCAGAGCCGCUCAUUUGCCAAAGCCUGCAAGGUCCUGGACCUCUCCACCUGGCCUCACAACCGGGAGGACCUACAAGCGUACGGGGAGGAAGAAAUCCACAUGAUAUUCAACCAUCUGGAGUCCAUUCCCUCUGGGGGUCAGGAGGGCUCCCAGGCCAGGACUGAAGCCAGGGGCAGCCUGGUGGUGGAGUGGAAGGAUCUGAAAGCAGACUACUACAGUAUGAACGGUUUUAAAGAGGUUAUCAGUCACGUCUGCAGGUACAAGCAGCGUUUCCCUCUGCUGAAUCGAAUUGUGCAGGUUGUCAGGGUCCUGCCCAGUUCCACAGCCUGCUGCGAUAAAGGCCGUGGGUCUCUGCAGAAGAUGUGCAAGAACAAUCGUUCCAGGCUGACUCUGGAGCAGAUGAACGACCUGCUGACGGUGGCAGUUAACGGACCGUCCAUCGCCAACUUUGAUGGAAAGCGAGCUUUGGACAGCUGGUUUGAGGAGAAGUCUGGCAGCAGCUACUCUCUGUCAGCCGAGGUGUUGAACAGGAUGUCAGCUGCUGAUCAGAAGUCUGUCUUGCACAGCGUUGACGUCAACACAGAGUUCUACCCUGACAUCUAACAGGCAAACCCAGUGGUGUAGUGCUGCAACAAAAAAGUACUACAACACUACGCCAAUAUUAAAGUUACGAAGGGAGGCAGCAUCACUCCUCGACAUCUACACCACUGGGUAAACCUCUUUCUCCAACACAUUCUCACUCCCGGCUCGUCACAUAUUACCGCUUGGUCAAGGCCCUUUGGCAUUGCUUUUUAACGCCCUGGAUAUAUUUAAGUCUCCGCGGUCAAGUUAGCAACGCUUAGC